AUGACAGUUCUUGACCAAGGUACCGGUUUUGUAAAGAUCGGUCGUGCCGGUGAAAACUUUCCAGACUUUACGUUUCCUUCUAUCGUUGGUAGGCCAAUUCUAAGAGCGGAAGAACGAGCUAAUAUUAGCACACCUUUGAAGGAUGUUAUGAUCGGUGACGAAGCCAGCGCUGUACGCUCUUAUUUGCAAAUUUCAUACCCCAUGGAAAAUGGUAUAAUCAAGAAUUGGGCAGACAUGGAACUUCUUUGGGACUACGCUUUCUUCGAACAGAUGAAAUUACCUUCUACUUCUGGUGGUAAGGUUUUGCUGACAGAACCACCAAUGAAUCCUAUUAAAAACAGGGAACGCAUGUGUGAAGUAAUGUUCGAGAAGUAUGACUUUGGAGGUGUUUAUGUCGCAAUUCAAGCUGUUCUAGCCCUAUAUGCCCAAGGUCUAUCGUCUGGUGUUGUUGUAGAUUCUGGUGACGGUGUCACGCAUAUUGUUCCAGUUUAUGAAUCUGUGGUGUUGAAUCAUCUGACCAGGAGAUUAGAUGUUGCAGGUAGGGACGUCACGAGAUAUUUGAUAGAUUUACUUUCUCGUCGUGGUUAUGCAUUCAAUAGAAGUGCGGACUUCGAGACUGUGCGUCAAAUAAAAGAGAAAUUAUGUUAUGUUUCUUACGAUUUGGAUCUGGACACGAAAUUAGCGCGUGAGACGACUACACUUGUUGAAAACUACGAACUUCCAGAUGGAAGAAUCAUAAAGGUUGGCUCAGAGAGGUUUGAGGCGCCUGAGUGUUUAUUCCAGCCUAGUCUAGUCGAUGUUGAACAACCUGGUGUCGGUGAAAUGCUUUUCAAUACUGUUCAAGCAGCCGAUGUUGAUGUCAGAACAGCCCUAUACAAAGCCAUUGUUCUAUCUGGUGGUUCAAGUAUGUAUCCUGGGUUGCCCUCUAGAUUGGAAAAAGAGCUCAAACAGUUGUGGUUCACAAAAGUUCUACACAACGAUCCAACUCGCUUGGAAAAAUUCAAAGUCAGAAUUGAGGAUCCACCAAGAAGAAAGCACAUGGUAUUCAUCGGUGGUGCCGUGCUUGCAAACAUCAUGGCCGACAAAGAUCAUAUGUGGCUAACGAAACAGGAAUGGCAAGAAAUGGGUCCAGCAUCUAUGUCCAAGUUUGGACCAAGAUAG